AAAGGAACCGAGAGCCAUUUAAACUUCAAUAUAGUGGCGGUUUGUAUCCCCUAUGCUGCCUGGUGUUGGUAAGGCUGUUGUAAGCUGCUUGUGCCGUUUGUGCUUUCAGAAGGGUGCUGUGUAAGUAACAGAUGGUUACCUUCUGAACCAAACAGUUGUGAGCCUGUAUGAUACUAAUAUGCCAUAAAAAAUGUUUUUUUCUUAGGCUGGCAUUGCAGGUAGAAAACCUGCCUUCAUCAUGAGCUCCAGACGCUCGCAUUCAGGCUCAAGGGGGAGUUCUCCUUCUGGACAAAGGAAAAAGACAAGGAGACAGUGUGCAUCUUGUCAGGAAUCUGCUAUGCCGGAUAAAAGGCUAUGUGAAAAAUGCUUUUCUGAUGCUUCAGGGAUAGCACCGACGCAAUUCACUGAAUUCAUGUCAUGGAUGAAGAACACUUUCAACCAAUCUAUGGCCAAUAUGGUGUCGCAAGUAACUGAUAACGUUAUGAGAAACUUAGAUGGAGGCAGUAGUCUAGGGCAAAUAGCCCACAACCCUGUGGAGCAGACAGAGACACAAGGGGACACCCUCGAUAGAAUCAAUUUACCAGAAACAGAAUCUGAAGGUGAACUAUCUGACAUGGAAUCUGAAGAAGAGGGGGAAUCAGAAUUCAAUACAGACAUGAUUGAGUCUCUAGUUAAAGCAGUCAGGAAAACUCUGGAUCUGGAAGACAAAAUUCAGAACCCAGAGAAGCAGGAUAAGAUGUUUAAGAAAGUAUCUAAGAAAAACCACCUUUUCCCUAUACAUGAAGUCAUUCAAUCCACAAUUGUAGGGGAAUGGGAAUUCCCAGACAAAAAACAGAUAUUAUCAAGAAGAUUCAAAAAAAUGUUCCCUUUUGCUACAGAAGAUACCAAAACAUGGGAUACCCCUCCUAAAGUAGAUGCAGCUAUUACCAGGGUGGCCAGGCGUACCACCUUACCAGUAGAUGAAGGGGUCUCUUUAAAGGACACUAUGGAAAGGAGGCAGGAUGGAGCUCUUAAAAGAGCUUAUAUGACAGGGGGUGCUUUAUGUAAGGCAUCCGUGGCUACAACCUCAGUAAUGAGAGCCAAUAAAAUCUGGAUACAGGAACUUGAGUCUGCAAUCAAGUCGGGAACAGAAAGAGAAAAACUAUUAGAGAUGAUACAAGACAUCAAGAUGGCAAAUGAAUACGCAUCGGAGGCUUCAAUGGAUUCCAUAAAACUGGCUGGAAAAUCCAUGGGGCUUUCUGUAGUAGCCAGAAGAAGUUUGUGGCUCAGACACUGGAAUGCGGAUUCACAAUCCAAGCACAAUUUAUGCUCUCUCCCAUUCAAGGGAAACCAUUUAUUCGGGCCAGAACUAGAUCAGAUAAUAUCUAAAGCCUCAGCAGGAAAAUCAUCUUUUUUGCCUCAGGAGCGUAGAGACAGAAGAUUUCAAAAUAAAAAUCCGAGGAAUUCCCUCAAGGACGCGAAACAAUACAAACCGGGAAAACCAUUCUCCAGGCAAUGGAGGCCCAAGAAUCAAUUUUUUUCCUCCAAAAGAAAUGAUCAAAAAACACCCUGGAAUAACACAGACAAAAAGGCAUGAAGGUGUUGGAGCCCCAUCACUGGUUGGAGGAAGAUUAAAAAAUUAUACAGAGGUGUGGGCUCUGGAAAUUUCGGAUCAAUG